AAAUAAAUAAAUAAAAAUAAAAAUAUUAGAAGCAACAAAACUGCCGGGUGCUGCACUGUAAACACAGCUGCUCUAUGCUUCCAAACUCUCUCUGCCAUGGAUUACCUUAAAACAGUCGUCCCCUCUCAACUCCUAGCCGAACGCGGCUCCAACCUUGUCGUCAUCAACCCAGGUUCAGCGAAUGUGAGAAUAGGACUAGCACAGCAGGAUGCUCCGAUUAGUGUCCCACAUUGCAUUGCUAGACGCACAUCUCAAGUCCCCAAAAAGAAUGUUCAGGACCAGUUGCUUAAUUCUCAGGUUACCACAGCGCAGCACAUGGAGCGAGAAAGGGCUUAUGACAUUAUUGCAUCGCUGUUGAAAAUUCGGUUUUUAGAUGAGGAGGUGACUAACAGUCAAUACCCACAAAAGAUGGGCCGUGUGGAUUCAUUGCCUCCUCAAAGUAAUAACAAAAAAGAGACAGUUAUUCCAUGGACUGAUGUGUUUGAGAAACGCACAUCCUCAUCCUCAGCUGAAGGAAGUUCACUGAGCUCUGGAGAGUCUUUAGUCCAGAAGGAAGGUAAUGUCAAUGAGGAAGAGGAUCCCGAUUCAACUGGACCUAAAUACAAGGAGUAUAUUUGUGGUGAGGAAGCUCUCAGAAUAUCACCGAUUCAACCAUAUUGCUUGCGUCGGCCUAUUCGCAGAGGGCACCUCAACAUUUCUCUGCAUUAUCCUAUGCAGCAGGUAAUUGAAGACAUGCAUGCUAUCUGGGAUUGGAUUUUGGUUGAAAAACUACACAUCCCUCAUAGUGAAAGGCAUAUGUAUUCUGCCAUUCUUGUUGUUCCGGAGACUUUUGAUAACCGCGAAAUAAAGGAACUCCUAUCAAUUGUACUUCGAGACUUGUGUUUCAGCACAGCAGUAGUCCAUCAGGAAGGGCUUGCUGCUGUUUUUGGCAAUGGCUUAUCGACGGCAUGUGUUGUGAAUAUCGGUGCUCAAGUGACAUCAGUUAUCUGCAUCGAGGAUGGAGUGGCUCUCCCUACUACUCAGAUUACUCUACGAUAUGGUGGAGAGGAUAUAUCAAGAUGUCUCCUCUGGACUCAGCGGCAUCACCAGACAUGGCCACCAAUUCGUACGGAUGCUCUGACAAAGCCCAUAGACUUGUUGAUGCUGAAUAGACUUAAAGAAUCUCAUUGCCAGAUCAGAGAAGGAGAAGUUGAAGCUGUUGCUGUAGUUCAUUCAUAUGAAGACAGUGUGCCACCUGGAUCUCACAAGACAAGACUGACUGCACUUAAUGUUCCUCCUAUGGGUUUGUUCUACCCAAUGCUUUUGGUUCCAGAUGUUUACCCUCCACCACCACGGACAUGGUUCAGUGAUAAUGAGGAUAUGCUGGAAGAAACUUGGGAUUUUCCCAGAAGAUCCGACAUGUCUGAUGGUUACUAUCCUGGUACUAGUGGAUUUUUCCCCAUGUGGGAAAACUACCCUAUAUUUCAAGCUAAGCCAAAAAAACAGGAUAGUAUUGGUCUUGCUGAUGCUAUUACAAAAAGUAUUCUUUCAACAGGUCGUAUAGACCUGCAAAGAAAGUUGUUCUGUAGCAUGCAGCUGAUAGGUGGAGUGGCUUUAACCGAGGGUCUCAUUUCUGCAGUUGAAGAGAGAGUAUUGCAUGCAAUUCCUUCUCAUGAAGCCAUUGAUACAGUUGAGGUUUUGCAAUCUAGAACAAAUCCCGCCUCUGUUUCAUGGAAAGGUGGAGCUAUACUUGGUAUCCUCGAUUUUACACGUGAUGCAUGGAUACAUCGUGAGGACUGGAUCAGGAACGGGAUUCACAUCGGUAGUGGUAGAAAGUACAAGGAUUCGUAUUUUCUUCAAGCCCAAACCAUGUGUUACCUAAAUAACUAGGUUGAACUGACCAACAUACCUGACCCUCUUAAGGAGCUUUCAGCGGCUUUCACAAUUUGGAUUAACGUUUCUGAACUUGUCCCUCUUACAUCCUUGCUCAUGAAAAUACCCUUUGGACCUUUAUGUCUUGUACAUGCUAACAAUAAUUUUUCUUCGAGUUCGAUGUAACAA